CUUAAACAAAGAUGGAGCCUGAGUGAGAGGGGAAGCUCAUCAGAGUACCACAGAUUGCAACUCAAAGCAGGCGCAUAACCCAGAGGUGGAAGAACUAUCUUACGGUUUAUUUAUAAUGUGUAUAUUUUUAAACUGAAGCCACAUUUAUUCUACGAAAAUGAGUGUGACAGCGACUCAGACAGUUCGCCAUGGGGCAGAGAAAGGAAGUCUUGGAUACAGACCACAUCGAGUGCAUGAUUAUUUGUAUGAUCAUGUAUACACUGUUUCAAGUGAGAAGGAUCAUGCCAGAGCCAGCUUCAGGGCCCAUGCAUCUUUAGAUCGUGUGAAAAAAGUUCCGGAGUACAAAGCAAUGUUCAGUAACCUGCCUCAUCAUCCUCGAUACACGCUGAGGCUAGAGGCUACAGACCCUGUACCAGCUUUUAUAGACCGUCGUUGGAGGGGCAGAACAGAACAGCGAAGACAAGCCCUUCAGCAAAUAGCAGCCUAUAACCCAGCUAUCAAAAUCCAAGAUAGCGUGUGUGACCAAUCUGAUGUUUCAGGGAAAAAUUUCUAUAAAUAUUUUAAGCGCCCUUCGAUUCCAUUCUCCCAACAUAUCCCACCAGAAGUUGUUCUUGCCAUACCCAAAGCAGAUCCCUUUGCACCUCCUAACGGCAGGAGACCUGCAACCCCACUAGUGCGCACAGUAGCUGUACAAACAGAUUACAGAGAAAGCGAGGCCCAGACUGAUCCCUGCACCCUAGAGUAUGUAAUAAGGCCUGGUUCAGCUCCGGAGCUCCUGACGCUUGCUACCUUAACAUGGGGUCAUGGUCUACCAUCUGGUGUGGCAGAAGUGGAGAUGAUAGAGCGGGCAAGAGUGAAGCGUGCCUGGGAAGCAACCCUACCACCGUUAAAUGAUCUUUCACAACUAGACAAAAGGAGAAGAAUGAUGGAUGAGAUGGAAAGACAGGAGUGGGCAAUUCGAGAAGCAGAGAUAGAGAGGUUGCAGGAGGCCCGUCUGGAGGUGCUGAAGAAACUCCUGAAGCAGCGUGAAGAUAAGCAACAGGAAGCAAACACGAAACGUCUCGACAACCUGUGGUCCAAACACCAGCAUAAGAAGGAGGAGAAAAUCAGGAGAAUUCGUAAUAAUCACAUCAAGGCUAUAAGGAAACUUACUGCAAAGAUGAAGAAUGUUGAGGGGAAACUGGAGCAGCGGGACUUCAUUAAGGAGUAUGCGGAUUAUGGUUCACAAACAUAUGCCCCUCUACCUCGGAUUGGUUUUUUUCCAGAUCGUAACUCUGAGCGAUAUGUUGUGAAAAGCCGAUUCCUUAGUACUUUUGAAGGCUUGAUGGAACUGGAAGCAUCCCUUCCGGAUUUUGUGACGCAGCCACGGAUAAAAGCACCAAAACCCAAAGCUAACACUGGGUUCAUCAAGCGAGCUGCACGUCGAGAACUGGAGUUGUCAGAGAUUCAUCAGGCUCUAAAAGAUGAGAAGACAAAAAGUGAAGAGAAGAAGCCAUUGCGGUUCCUGCAGAAGAUAGAAAAGCCAAUUCCACGUCCCACAACUCCUACUGUUCAAGCACCACCUCAGGAAGAGGAGGAGAAAGAACUUGCAGUAAUUUACCUGCAGAAACUCUUAAGAGGACGAGCCAUUCAAAAUAUGAUGUUUGAAGGCAAAGAGAAGCGUUUGGAGUUGAUUCAGGAGCUCCGGACUACACAUGCUCUACAGGAGGAUAAACAACUGUUAAAGAAAGCUGAGAAACAGAUCACACUGGCAUUACAGCGCCAAAGAGACAUGCACCAGCACAAGUUAUCGGUCAUUGAAAGCCACCAGUCAAAUUUAGAAGGGGGCAUUCUGGCAGACAUGUUUGACUUCCUCUCCAAAGAGCUGGUUCGACUGCAGGAAGAGCGACGUAUUCAUGCAUUUGCCAUGCUAGCAGAGAGAGACAGACGAAUCCGGGAGGCUGAGGAGAGCGGCCGUCGCCAAGUAGAGGAGAGGCGCAGACGUGAAGAGGAUGAGAUUUUCAGACAGGUUGUCCAGGUGCACCAGGAAAGUGUUGAAUCAUAUCUGGAAGAUAUCAUUCUGGAUACAAUUGAGAAGACAGCAGAUGAACAAGCCAGGGAUGAGAUUCACAGAGUGGCUGAGGAGGUCAAUCAUAUUGCUUACGAAAUGGAGAAAACCCGGACACAUCUUCAGUCUAAAGAAAUUGUUGCAGAGCUGGUAUACAGUUUCCUCAUCCCUGAAGUACAGAAAAUUACUGUCAGAGAUAGAGUGCGGCAGUCCCAGCGUAAGCACCUGCUUGCAGCCCACAGAAUAGUCCAUGCUACGACUGAGACCAGCCAGGGGGUUACUGAGAGGCUGGACUCCCCUGCUACUAGUGCUGCAAGAAAAGUGCUAGAGGAAAUGUUAACACAGACUGAGACUGACAGUGAGCCUUCAUGAAAUUGAAGAUGCAUGCUGCAUGUUGGAAAAGUCAGUAACCAGGUUUACAGAUGGCACCCCUUCCCGACACACUAAAAUAUUAUCAACGCGUACAACCAACUGGUGGAAAAAGCAUUGUCAGAGAUCUAAUCUCUAAUGUUAUUUCAUGUUCACUAUUUAUGUUAAUUGGGUCACCGAACAUGUGAUAAAAGUGCCUAAGUUAAAAAAUCUGUUUAUUGUUAAAAUCAUUUCAACCAUAGCUGGCUCUGCUGCAAUUUUACAUUGUAUGUCCUGUUUUUUGUUAGUGGAUCCAAAUAUCACUGUUAAGUAUGUUGAUAUCAAGCCAUAGCCUAGAGUUCACAAUGAAUUUUAAGUUAGUUCAUUCCUUAUGCUUUAAAAACCACAGUGAAUCUGCUUAUCUUCAGUGAGUUAGCCCAUUUAGAGCCUUAAAACCACCUCUUCUGGAGAUAAUCCAUGUCAUGCUGGGAGUUGCUGACCACACCAACAUGAUCGCAGCUCUUGUCGGAUAUUCUGCACCUGCCUAUUCAGCCCUGUGAUGGAACUUAGAGUGGGCAGAAAAUCACGAUAUUACAUUGAUUAAUUAAAAAAAUGUAAAGACUAUGUUAUUGCACCUAUAUUUCUUUCAUUGAGUUUUAUUAUUUUAGGCUUCAAACUCACUAUUUCUUUACACUGUAAUUGCAGGAAGGAUUGUCUUAAAAGUGUUACAGAACCCCAUGUAUUGAUUACAAGAAACACGUUACAGUACUGUACCUUUGCUGUAUCCUGUUUUGUCCGUAUCCCAGCAAUUAUCUUUUCAGUAUAUUCCAGAGUCUUGAUAUUUUUUUAUUCACACAUCAUACGUAAACAAACUAGGGAAUUACUUUUUUUUUCUACUUUUACCCUGGAACAUUUUUUUAGGAGAAAUGUUUUUGUUUUUUUCCCCCUCAAGUGGUGUUAUCCAGUUUGUACUCCCUGCUGCAACAUUGUUGGUGCUCUGGUUGAAAUGAGUGUCGUUUCGUGGGAACAGAAAACCAGCAUUGUUGCAGGAGGGAGUGUGAUCUGGAUACACUACAGUCCUAAGUAAAUGUUAAGAAAUGUCUUGCCCCGUUGACCCAUGAUGUAUGAUUCAAAAUUUAAAAAGAGUUGGCAAUAUGUUUAAAA